CAGAAAUACCAGUGAAAGGUGAACACACUCACCUGUAGCUGCUCGGACCUCCCCAACACUGGGUUGGACAGCAAAACAAAGGCCUUUGUUAGCUCAGAUCACACGGAGCCUCCACGGUUUAAUCUUUCGAGGCAGGACUGCCGGAGUGGAAGAUCGACGGCGCCUGUUCCUGCUGCACACUGUGUCGCUAUCCCCGCGACAGCCAAGGGAGACGAAUGGGUUUGAUAAUGGCUCCCGGAGCUAAACAGCAUGGCUCCGUGUACUGGUGCAGUGUAGCCGAAAAACAGCCCAUAGAUCUGCUGAUACCCGAUCGGCAAAUGAACGGGCUGGUGGACCAAUUCCAGCUAAUGCUUCAGAACUCAUUUAAAGGAUGAUGAGCCGUAUUAGCAGACCUGUGCUCGUCCUGAUCACCACCACAGUGCAGAAGAGCUAUUAUCUCAAGAGGGGGAGGAAGCUAAUUGGCUACCAUCUUAAGUAAAAGUUGUGACUGGAGAAGGGACGGGACCAAACGCUUUUUAAUAUAUGAAUAAAUGUUGCAAGGGCUUUAAGUUUGUGUUGGGCCGGUGCAUUCCUGAAGACUAUGACGUGUGUGCUGGCGCCCCCUGCGAGCAACAGUGCACGGACCAUUUCGGCCGAGUGGUGUGCACCUGUUACCCCGGAUACCGCUACGACCGCGAGCGCCACAGAAACCGAGAGAGGCCGUACUGUCUGGACAUCGAUGAAUGUGCCAACAAUAGCAUGACUACGUGCUCUCAGAUCUGCGUUAACUCCGCGGGGGGCUACAGGUGUGAGUGUGAGAAAGGCUAUUUCCUGGAAGAAGAUGGGAAAACAUGCACCAAGGGGGAGAGAGCGGUGCAUCUCUUUGAAAAGUCUGACAACGCAAUGAAUGCUGGAACUUGCUCGGCCACUUGUGACGAUUUACACCAGAUCAGGAUGUCUGUCUUGCAGCUAAAACAGAAGAUGGCCUUGCUGUCAAACAGCGCUGACGUCCCACAGCAGAUGACCAGCAAGAAAAUCCUGACUCCGCCCAUGUUUUUACCAGGGCCUCCUGGUCCCCCGGGUCCUCCCGGAGACCCAGGACCAGAGGGCGCUCCGGGGCGCUCAGGGCUGUCGGGCCCCCCCGGGUCUCCCGGUCCCAGGGGCUUGAUGGGACCCAUUGGACCCACACCAGAUCUGUCUCAUAUCAAACGCGGCUCCAGAGGACCUGUGGGGCCUCCAGGAGCACCAGGAAAGGACGGGCGUAAGGGAGAUCGAGGAGCUGCCGGGCCUGUCGGAGAACCAGGCCGCCCAGGCUCCUUUGACUUCCUGCUUCUGCUGAUGGCGGACAUCCGUAACGACAUCGCGGACCUGCAGAGCAAGGUGUACGGGCGGCCCAUGCUCUCCCCGGACGACUUCCCCGCGGCCCCCGACAGCUGGCGGGAGAACCAGGACACUCUGGAUUUGGGCUCGGGGGAGGACCGCAAGGAACCUCCGCCUCAAACACCCAAGAGGAACAGGAGGAGGAAACCAGCGUGAGAGAGAACAGACUUUGACUGGAAUAUUUAAUUAAUGGGGUGGUUUUAAAUACUUGCUGUCAGGUGUAAAUAUUGAAUAUUUAAACAAAAUGUACUAUAUGCCUGUCGAUCACAGAUGUUUAUUUUUGUACAAUAUAUGUGUGAAUAUUUUAUAACUAAAAGUAGACUCGGGAAAUGCAUGUCUUUCUUUUUAUAUAUUUUCAUAAACAUAUUCUUCCUUUUGUGGCACAUUAAACUCGUAGCUCAUACAGUCCUUUUAUGACUUUAUUAUUCUGAUUCACACCAAUGUUAUCAGAGAGGAAGACACCCAAAACCGGAAUUCACUCUUUAAAUCAUUCACAUGCACUUCUACACAGUAAGUAUGUUUUAUAUUUGCUUUCAAAGCAAGGACAAAAAGGUAAACAGAAAAGUUGGACUGUUGUGUGAACACAAUUCGGUAAAGAAAAAGAUGUGGAUGUGUGGAUCAUAGUCUACUGAUAUUUCCCCACCAGAGGGAGACAUUCUCAAAGCCUUAAAAAGCUUUAACAAGGCUGAAGGUUGUUGUGCAAACUGACAUAGCAAAAAAAUGAUUACACAGCAGCUUGUCCUGCAUCUGAAUGACAUAAUCCAGUAUUGAUUACAACCCCUCCAAAUAUGACAAAUGUUUUAUUACAUAACUUUUAGGACCAGCCUACGACUGACUGGCCUCCACUUACUGACGCCAAAGGAGAUGUUGUGAUCGUUGAUCAAUUAAUUUAAUAUUCAAUUAAUUGUAAGUGAUAAAUAGGUGGGGUGAAGAAGUAGUUUUCAAUUAAAUAAUUGAUGUAGGUGACUAUUGACCUGUUAGUGUUUAAUUCUGAAUUUGUACCGAUAUGAAAACCUCAAUAGGAUUUUAAGAUGAAAUAUUGUGUAUGUUUGUGUGUUAUGAAGUCAGUAGCUGGAACUUUUUUGGGCUCUGAAGUGAGAAUGAGGUUUCAGCGCUGGGCUUCAGGCUGGAUUUAAAAGGUUCGUUUCACCUUCUUUUGUAUAGCCUCCCCUCUCAUACCCAUUUGUGCCACAUUUGUCUCACUCAGUCCUUUAUUUUCUUUAAGAGAAAUUCAUAAUAUGAUCUCAAGUAGCUAGACGAAAAUAAAGUGAAGUGAUUUUUAAAAGAACACGCUCAAGAAUGUGUGUGUGUGUGUGUGUGUGUGUGUGUGUGUGUGUGUGUGUGUGUGUGUGUGUGUGUGUGUGUGUGUGUGUGUGUUCGCGUCACCCCAACAGAGGGCUCAAACUGCAUGAGUACUUUUAUUUUUAGAUACUGAUAACUUUUUCCACCUCUGCCCACAAUGCACUUCACUCCAAACAGCCAUUCAGUACCACUCUCAGACCACCAGGUGGCAGCCUUUUCUAAGUCAUCUACAUUAUGGUCUGUGUGAUUACACCCGUUGGAUUGAUGCGGAUCACACGGUGUUCAGUGAGCUCACUAAAGCUGCAGUGUGUAGUUCACAGAGAAGCACGUGAUGAUUAUCACAACACAGUUAUGAAUACAUCUUUGUGCAGGCGUUCACUCAGGGUGGUAAAUGUGUGUUUUAUUGCCUAUUUUUGGACUAAAUGCCUGCAACAAAAUAUUUAAUUUGUUUGACAAUAAUGUGAGACCCGCCUGCUGGAAUGACAUUAACUGAAAGACACACUUGAGUAGUGGUUGUCACCAUUCUGUGAUAACCUGUUGCAUUCUGUGAUAACCUGAUGCAUUUUGUGAUAACCUGUUGCAUUCUGUUAUAACCUGUUGCAUUCUGUUAUAACCUGUUGCAUUUUGUUUCCGGGAACCAAAGCAUUACAUUCAAAACAGGAAAAUAAAACAACACCACUGCUGCUUGUCUUCAACCACAAUUAACAAUUACUUCAACGCGUUAUUACAAUUCCAAUCAUCAUUUCAUCGAUAUCACAAACUAAAACACAUUAGUUGAUUAUUCCAGUGUGUGCCAAGGAUUCCUUUAACGCAUCAGAUGCCACCUUUAUUAAACGCUGAGUCAUUG